CUGGCGCUGCUGGAGCUGCAGCUGCCUGGCAGAGGGGAAACUGAGGUGGAGGUGUGGCUCUGGGACAGACAUCAGGGAAGUACCUCCCUAGCCAGGGUCCACAGUCUGGCUGGGGGAUGUGGACUGGCUGCAACGUGGGGCGGGGUUAAAGGUCUUCUAGGGCAGCCCUGGGGAGCACCACUCUGCACUGAGCACCGCCCGGGCUGCAGGCCUGCAGCAGCAGGAGCAUGAGUGAGCAGGGGAGGGAGACGGAGGAGGAGGAGGGGGGAGGUGGUGCUUCCGACACAGCACCCAUGCUGCCCCGGGGACCUCCUGACCACCAGGCCUCAGCCCUGACGUGCCCAGGGUGGUCGGGGCCCCUGUUGCUGCCCGGCCAGCUGCUGGCCGGGCUCCUGCUGCACCUCCUGCUGCCUGCCGCAGCCUUCCUGCUGGUGCUACUGCCUGCGGCGGCCGUUGUCUACCUGGGAUUCCUGUGCCACUCGAGGGUCCACCCCGCUCCCGGUCCCCGGUGCCGCGCGCUGUUCUCGGAUCGCGGCUCCGCGGCGCUCAUCGUGUUCGGGCUUCUCUCGCUGCCGCCGCUGCUGGUGCUCGCCUCGGCCGUCCGCGCCCGCCUGGCCCGGCGCCUCCGCCCGCUGCUACCUCCGCCCGCUGGGACGCCCGGACCCCGCCGCCCCCCGGGGCGCCCCGACGGGGACGAGCAACUCUGCGCCUGGGUGUGACCCGGCGGCCGCUGCGAAACCCCGGGAGGCCUGCGAGCUCGCGCGCGACCCCAUCGCGUGGCCCGGCCCGGAAAACUGAGCGUCGUCCCCGCUGCCCCUUCCUGGCUGGGCGCGCAGCGCUCCAGGCUACGACCCCGGCCUCCCCCGCCCGCAGUCCCGCCCCCGCCACGGAGGGCAGGGGAGGGGACGGGAAGAGAGGGCAGGGGAGAGGACGGGAAGAGAGGGCAGGGGAGGGGAUGGCAGGGGAGGGGAGGGCAGGGCAGAGCCCGGCAGGCGGCCCUAAGGGGAGGGGCGCAGGCCCCAGCCCCAAGGCCUCCCGCGCCUGCCCAGGUCCCGGCUUCCAGCGUCCGGGGCUCUGGGGCUCCCAGGGGAGACGCCCACGCUUGGCCAAGCCCAGGGUUCCAGAAGCCCAGGGUGUGGGCAGCAGGGCUCAGCUUAUGGCCAGGCUCGCACUCAGACAUGCGCCGGCCUCGGUCGGCUGUCUCUGGAUGACUCUAAGAUCUCCUCGCUGACUUUGGUGUUCCUCAGUCUCACCAGCGGGUCCUAGCUGUGCCGAGCUCACACCCACCCCGUUUGGUGUAAGCCACAGGUCCACAACGUUCAUCAGCUCUGGAAAUCCCUCAACAGUUAUGUCCAGUUUCACCACGAAUUCCUUCUCUGUAUCCUCACCGUUUUCUUUUACCCCCUCAUCAAAUUACUCUCUUCCGUCUAAGUCUAAUCUGCUGAUUAACUCAUUCAUUUUAUCUUAAAUUAUUAUGUUAACAUAUCCAGGCCAGGCACUGUGGCUCACGUCUGUAAUCCCAGCACUUUGGGAGGCCGAGGCGGGUGGAUCACGAGGU